GCACGCAGGGUUUGGAAACUUUUAGCGGGAACGAGCACGUGCGCGUUCCCGUGUUCUUUGUGUGGCAGCAAAGAGAAAGCGCCAAAAGAGUGACCAUGGCUGAUGAGAAACCGAAGGAAGGCGUGAAGACUGAAGGUAGUGAACACAUCAACCUGAAGGUGGCAGGCCAGGAUGGCUCCGUCGUGCAGUUCAAGAUCAAAAGACACACUGCGCUCAGCAAACUCAUGAAGGCCUACUGCGACAGACAGGGACUGUCCAUGAGGCAAAUCCGGUUCAGGUUUGAUGGACAGCCAAUAAAUGAGACAGACACGCCAUCACAAUUGGAAAUGGAAGACGAAGACACGAUUGACGUGUUCCAACAACAGACAGGAGGCGUGAUUUAAUCAACCGACCCUUGGUGUCAUCUUUCCUCAUUUAACCGAACCGCAGCCUGGUAUAUACAUCAUUCUCAUCUUGUCCUAUUGAGGUUUAAAUGACUCUGCUGUACAGUAUUUUCAGUCUUGGCCCUGUUACCUCUGUACUAUUUGUACAUAAACCAAUCCAGAUCGAUGUUUCGGAUUUAGGUCGUCAAAUUGGACUGGUUCUCGAAUGAGAACUAUAAGAACUUUGCCAAUCACCAGGCUAGGUCCAGAGUUUUGCUAGUAAAUUGGUUCUCAAUGUGAGCUAUUUUCAAACUGUCUGUGAUGUUCACACUACUUAUAGAAUGUGGUCACAAGGGG